CCAUCUGCAUUCGCAUUCCCAUUACCAUUCGCGGCAGACAGACUGCAGAAAUAUGCACAGAAAUUUGAGUGCGGGGCAAGGAAAACGUUAGAAAAUCGCACAAUUAAAACGGUAUAGACGGACUAUAAAAACAGAUGCGAAAUAGGAUGUGGCGGUCAGGCGCAGGAUUCCGCUUCACAGUGUGUUUGUUUCAGUUUUUGUUGGUCGUCGACGACAGCCGGUCAGAGCGGACAAAUGUCGGUCUCAUCUACGAGAACACCGAACCCGAUCUAGAGAAGAUCUUCCAUCUGGCCAUAAGCAAGGCGAACGAGGAGAAUGAGGAGAUGCAGCUGCACGGCGUGGCCGUGGCCAUUGAGCCGGGCAACUCCUUCGAGACCUCCAAGAAGCUGUGCAGAAUGCUUAGGCAAAAUCUUGUGGCCGUCUUUGGACCCACCACCAAUUUGGCCGGCCGUCACGCCAUGAGCAUCUGCGAUGCCAAGGAGCUGCCGUUUCUGGACACGCGCUGGGACUUCGAUGCCCAGCUUCCGACCAUAAACCUGCAUCCGCACCCGACGACUCUGGGUGUGGCCCUCAAGGACAUGGUGCUGGCCUUGGGCUGGGAGAGCUUCACGAUUGUCUACGAGUCGGGCGAGUAUCUGGCCACCGUGAAGGAGCUGCUGCAGAUGUACGGUACGGCCGGACCCACCAUCACCGUACGCCGCUACGAGCUGGACCUCAACGGGAACUACCGCAAUGUCCUGCGGCGUAUACGCAAUGCGGACGAUUUCUCACUCGUCGUGGUCGGGUCGAUGGGCACGCUGCCCGAGUUCUUCAAGCAGGCCCAGCAGGUGGGUCUGGUGACCAGCGACUAUCGCUAUAUGAUUGGAAACCUGGACUGGCACACCAUGGACGUGGAGCCCUUUCAGCAUGCCGGCACCAACAUCACGGGUCUGCGACUGGUCUCCCCCGACAACGAGCAGGUGCAGGAUGUCGCCAAGGCCCUCUACGAGAGCGAGGAGCCAUUUCAGAACGUGUCGUGCCCUCUGACCAACAGCAUGGCCCUGGUCUACGAUGGCGUCCAGCUGCUGGCCGAGACCUACAAGCAUGUGAACUUCCGGCCCGUGCCCCUGAGCUGUGGCGAUGACAGCGCCUGGGAUAAGGGCUACACGCUUGUCAACUACAUGAAGUCGCUAACGCUGAACGGCCUCACGGGUCCCAUUCGCUUUGACUACGAGGGACUGCGCACAGAUUUCCAGCUGGAGGUCAUCGAGCUGGCAGUGUCGGGCAUGCAGAAAAUUGGCCAGUGGAGCGGCGAGGAUGGCUUCCAGGCAAAUCGUCCGGCUCCGGCGCACUCCUUAGAGCCGGAUAUGCGUUCGCUGGUGAACAAAAGCUUCGUCGUCGUCACGGCUAUUAGCGAACCCUAUGGCAUGCUGAAGGAGACCUCCGAGAAGCUAGAGGGCAACGAUCAGUUCGAAGGCUUUGGUAUCGAGCUCAUCGAUGAGCUCUCCAAGAAGCUUGGCUUCAGCUACACCUUCCGCCUCCAGCCGGACAACAAAUAUGGUGGCCUGGACCCCAAGACGGGUGAAUGGAAUGGCAUGCUCCGGGAAAUAAUCGACAAUCGCGCUGACAUGGGCAUUACCGACCUGACCAUGACAUCAGAGCGGGAGAGCGGAGUCGACUUCACCAUACCCUUCAUGAGUCUGGGAAUCGGAAUUUUGUUUCGCAAGCCAAUGAAGGAGCCACCCAAGCUAUUCUCCUUCAUGUCGCCCUUUUCGGGCGAUGUCUGGCUCUGGCUGGGCUUGGCCUAUAUGGGUGUGUCCAUAAGCAUGUUCGUGCUGGGCCGUCUGUCGCCGGCGGAAUGGGACAAUCCGUAUCCCUGCAUUGAGGAGCCCACGGAGCUGGAGAAUCAGUUCAGUUUCCCCAAUUGCCUGUGGUUCUCGGUGGGCGCCCUGCUCCAGCAGGGGUCCGAACUGGCGCCCAAGGCGUAUUCAACUCGAGCUGUGGCCGCAUCAUGGUGGUUCUUUACACUGAUUCUGGUCUCAUCGUACACGGCCAAUCUGGCAGCAUUUCUCACAGUGGAAUCCUUGGUGACGCCAAUUAAUGACGUUGACGAUUUGUCUAAGAACAAGGGCGGCGUGAACUAUGGUGCCAAGAAUGGCGGCAGCACCUUUACCUUCUUUAAGGAGUCCAACUAUCCAACGUAUCAGAAGAUGUACCAGUUCUUGACAGAUAAUCCUCAGUAUAUGACGAACUCUAAUCAGGAGGGCGUCGAUCGUGUCGAAAACAGCAACUAUGCCUUCCUCAUGGAGUCCACCACGAUCGAGUACAUCACUGAGCGGCGCUGUACUUUGACCCAGGUGGGAGCGCUGCUGGACGAGAAGGGCUAUGGAAUAGCCAUGCGGAAGAACUGGCCAUAUCGCGACAUUCUCAGCCAGGCCAUUCUAGAGAUGCAGGAGCAAGGACUGCUGACCAAAAUGAAGACAAAGUGGUGGAAGGAGAAGCGCGGCGGGGGAGCCUGUUCGGAUUCGGACGACGAUGCCGGCGCCGUGGCCUUGGAGAUUAGCAAUCUGGGUGGCGUCUUUCUGGUGAUGGGAGUGGGCUCCUUCUUUGGCAUCUUUGUCUCCCUGCUGGAGAUGGUGCUCGGUGUGAAAGAGCGCAGCGACGAGAACAAGGUGAAUUUCAAGACCGAACUGAUCGAUGAGAUUCGUUUCAUAAUACAAUGCUCGGGCAAUACCAAGGCGGUGAAGUACCCGAAGAACUCUUCGCGCUCGAUAGCCAGCUCAAAGUCAAAGGGCUCUUCAAUAUCCGUGGACUCGCUGCCCGAGGAUCCAUCAGAGGGUGAGGCAACAGACAAACAUCCAAAUCAUGCCAAGAAGUAAUGCUGCAAAAUUCAGAGUAAUAAAUACUUAUUUCUGGGAAAUCUUA